AUGGAGAAAAAAUUCAGUAAUUCUCGGGUAGCAGUAUAUAGAAGGCAAAAAAGAAAAUUGGCUCAAUUUUUGACAGCAUUUCCACAUGGACAAGGUCCAUUUAUUCCGAAGAAGUUCUUUGAAUUACCACAAUUGUCUAGACAGUGUGAAUGUAAAGCGUGUGGCCCUGAUGAUAAGUUCGAAUAUAAUUUAAGUUACUUCAUAUACGUGAGCUUAUCAACACAAAUUCUGGAACUACUGUCUAUACCCAACAUCAGUGAGUCGUUAAAAUAUAGAUUUAACCGAACAAAGAGAGAUCCGGAGGGUUACGAAGAUAUUUAUGAUGGCGAAGAAUACAAAUCACUAUGCAAACGUGGCAAAUUUUUGGCAACAUGGUAUAAUUUCUCAUUAACUAUGAAUACCGAUGGAUGCAAUGUGGCAAAGUCUUCUAAAUCAAGUGCAUGGCCGAUUUAUGUUGAGAUCAACGAGCUACCUCCACAUAUGCGAAAGAAACAUAUGCUUCUUGCGGCAAUAUUCGUGGACGAAAAACAUCCAAUAAUGAAUCAUUUAUUAAGACCUUUUACCAUAGAAAUACGAAAUUUAUUUAGUACUGGUAUUACAUGGAAACCUAACGGUCAUUCAGAAGUAACAUCAAGAUUUAUCGUUACCACAUGUAGCUUAGACGCACCGGCCCGCGCAGCAGCAAAACCGUGGGACGUGGCAAACGAAUUUAUCCAUUAUCUCAAUGUUAUCAGAAAGAACGAUGUGAUGCAGAGAUACGUAAUGAUACGGGCUUUUGCUACCGGUAUUGUUACGCACGGAAUAAAAAAUAUUUCAGCAUUAGUAGCUCUACCAUUAUUCAACAUAAGUAAAGGUGUUGUUGUCGAAGCAAUGCAUGCUGUUUUUCUCGGAGUUGUUAAGCAACUUACAAAGUUACUUUUAACAGGAACAAAAGCACCUUAUUAUAUUGGGGCACCUAAAAAUAUGAACUUAAUAGAUCAAUCCUUACUGUCCAUUAAACCACCAUCAUGUCGCUCGCGAAAACCACGGUCCAUAUCAACUUAUCCCAACUGGAAAGCAUCAGAAUGGCGGAAUUGGCUUGACUAUGCUCCAGUUUGCUUACUUGAUGUAUUGCCAAAAAAAUAUGUAACCCAUCUAGCACUCUUAUCGGAAGCAAUUCAUCAUUUGAACAGCGAUUGCUUAACGCCAACUAAUUUAGAGCGAUCUGAUAUUCUAUUGAAGAAAUUUGUAUCGCUUUUUCAAAAGUAUUAUGGUGAAACAAAUAUGUCUUCUAAUAUCCAUUUAAUGACACACUUGGUAUCAGUUGUGAAAAAUUGGGGUCCAAUAUGGGCUCAUGAAGCAUUUGUGUUUGAGUCAUGGAAUAAGAAAAUCAUGGAUUUUAUCAGCAGUUCUCAUGCUCGAGUUAAUCAAAUCGCAAUGCGCUUUACCAUGCGAAAAUUUAUUAUUAUGUCUUUAUACGAUGAUGCAGUAUCAACUGAGACCAAAAAAUUGAUAGCCAAACAAGUUAAAGUUUCGUUAGAAAGUAAUAAUGUUGACACCAAAGAUCGAUUGAAAGGUGUAGGAAAACGUAUAACGCGUUUACCAACAGAUAGUGAACGUGUUGCUUUGAUAAAAUUUGGGUAUGAACCUAUGAACUUGGAAUGUUUUGAGAAAAUGACAUUAAAUGGGAUCAAAUACGAGUGUCAAAAUAACAAAAAUUGCAAAUUCGACAACAGUAUUAUUUUUGAUGGUAAUAAUGUAUUCGGAACAAUCACUUCAAUUGUUAAAUUUUGUCACCGUAAUCAAACAAUACGCGGUAUUUUCAUUCUACGAAUGCAGCAAGUCAAUUGUAUAUUAGGAACUAAGCAUAUUCACGAAGUUACUACUACAUUAAAUGACCUAAUGUUUAUCGAAGAAUCCCAAUUUAUAAAGCCAGCAAUUCAGAUCGCUACAUCGAAUCAAUUAUAUGUUAUUAAACAAACAAAUUGCUGGGAAACGGAUUAG